ACAAGGUUUUGUUCAAAUGCUAAAUGCGAAUUGAUGUGGAUGAGGACCACACUUGAAAAUAUUAUGCUAGCUGUCGGGCCGUGGUCUAUGGAAGAUCCAGAUGUCACGAUAAAAGAAUUUAAAAUUGAUCACAUUCCGACUCGCAUAUACAUACCGCACAAUCGCUCUAGUGAUGGGGCCAUUAUCUACAUUCACGGUGGAGGCUUUGUUUUGGGCACUAUGGAUAUGUACGAAUCAGUUAUUCGGGAAAUUGUAAGAAGAACGAAAACGGUAGAAGUUUUGUUACGCAUCGCCAAAUUUUAUUCUCGUUUCUUUAAAAUGCUUUUUCAGAUCGCUUUUUCGAUGGAUUAUCGUUUAGCGCCUGAACAUGUCUUUCCCGCUGCUUUAGAUGAUUGCGAACAAAUGGUACUUCACGUUUUACAGCAUGGUUGUCUAGAGUACGGUAUUAAUAAAAGCCGUGUUGUUUUGAUGGGAGACUCUGCGGGAGGAGGUUUAAUUGCGUCUUUAACUUACAGGUUACGAAAUCGACAAGAUAUAAUGCAGCCCAAGUUACAAGUACUGAUAUAUCCACUUGUUCAAAUUCAUAAUUUGCGAACUCCAUCGUACGAGUAUUUUUAUCGGGUGAUGUCUGGAACUGGAUUUGUUGAUCCUCGACUAAUAGCCCAAUAUUACCUUAUGUACGCUGGAGUAGACGACGAUAUGAACGAAGAGAUGACUCGUCAGGCGCUAGAUAACGAGCAUAUGUCAAAACAGACUAGGUAUACCGUCCAACGUUAUGUUGAUUUGCGAUUAAUCCCCAGAAGUCUCAGAUACGGAAGGAACAUCACAGCUUGGAAACAAAAGUAUAGUGAGGAAACGUCGCGGCGACUGUUGCCUCUUUUACUUAAUCCCGAGUUCUCACCAAUUGUACAACCGGAUUUAAGCAGAGUUCCUCCAGCGCUGGUCGUCACCAUGGAACACGACAUUCUUAGGGAUGAGGGCAUACUUUAUGCAAGAAGGCUGCUAAAGGCUGGAGUGCCAACUACCUGGAAGCACUUUAGUACAGGAUUUCACGCGAUGUUAAACUUCCAUGCUAUACUACCAAGUUCGGAGCGGGUCGUGACGUAUAUUUCUGACUGGACUCGAGAUCACAUUUGA